AUGAAGCUUUCAACUUGUUUUCUCUCCACUUUUUGCUCUGCUGCUGUUUUCGACAAGCAGCCGGAAGGAGAUUGGGAGGUUCAGAUCGGAGAGAAUCAGCAUUUAUGGACGGAAGAGUUGAUCGAAGAGAACUGGGAAAUCGAGUUUGAUAUUUUGAACUAUGAAGACGGGGAGAGCUCGACCUACACUGGCUUGUUAUUUCUCAGCGAGACAAAUAAUGCCUGGGAUCGCGUUUUCUCGGUCUUUCAAAAAGGCUUUACAAAUGUCCUCCAUUUCUCCUGGAAUUUCGAGUCGAGCAGCAAAAAUCUUGUCUGCGAGUUCCCGAUGAAUCUUGGCGAAUGGAACGCUAUCAAAGUUACCAACACUCCCAUCGGGCAAUACACGAUCGCCGGCGUCACCGAAUCCCAGAUUGAAAUUUCUCUCAACGGCGUUGUCCAACCCGACUGCUCGAAGAAGCAAACUUAUCACGCCAAAUACGGCGAUGUCGCUGUAAUGGCAGCUCAUUGGAACUGGCAAGCACCGUCCAACGCGCAUCUCAAAAACUUGAAAAUCAAGUCUUGGGACGCAACUCCUCCGGGAGAGCCGAUUUUUCAAGGGAAAAUGGUCAAGACGCUUCAGAAUGUGAAGGAAUCAUGGAGACUGAGCUUUGAUUUGUUGAAGACGCAAGAACCAACCGAAUACUAUUCGAAUUUUCUGACGUUUUCGAGCAAAUGCAUGGAGGAGCAAAAUCGAGCUGCGAGCUUGUGGCAAGGUGGUAGUACUACUUAUUUUUCUGUCAAUUGUAAUGAUACUGAUCAAUCAAUCAGUACUAAUGCCUGCAGCGAUAUCGCCGGGGUAGGCCGGGAUAUCCCCUUAAUGACCUGGCAAAACGUCGUCUUUGAACAAACAAAAAUCCAAAACACGGACGCCUACCGACUUCUCAUCAGCUACAACGGCGAGCAAAUCGUCGACCGUGUCAACACCGCUUUCGCGCCUUUCACAAACGGAGGCAUUUCGGUAAGCAAGCAGUGGGCAACUGCAGCAAGUGGAUUCAUCGACAACAUUGACUUCCAAACUUGGGCGUUGGAGAACGAAUGCGCGAUGGGAACGGCGAAGUGUGAUGCGAACGCGAUUUGCACUGAUUUGGAGAAGUUUUAUGAAUGCACCUGCGCGGAUGGCUUCGUUGGGGAUGGAUUUACUUGCGAAGCGGAGAAAAGAUCAUCUUCAGCGACAUCAACAGCGACUUCAACAACGACCACCACAACAUCAGCUCCCUCGACGACAACUUCAACACCCACAACAACGACGACAACUGAUCCGUGCGAGUGUAACCGAGUCGUACCAAACAUGCUGACUGAGAAGGCCCUCUGGAAAUGGAAAAUGAUGAAGCCAUAUUUCACGACAAACACCGCUUCAUCGUUCACCGUUUCUACCAGUCGUGCAGCCGGACUGAAUGACUAUCAGGGAUACUUGAUCUUUUCCCGAAAGACCUGCAAGCAGCUUGUUCUGGACAUGUUCCGAGGAGCAAAUCCGCAGCAUGCUUUCAGCUUCGAAAUCAUCGACAAGAGAGCUCCAAAGACCAACCAUGCCAUGCCAAACUACAAAGCUUUUAACGCGACUUACUAUCAGGAUUAUCCAAAGGAGCAGAAAGAUCAUCGAUCCAUCACCAUGGGAUUCAAUGUCCACAAAACCCAGCCAGAUAUCACCGGAAACCUGAAGAAAGACGCGUACGUUCUCCAACUCAACUACCCCAACGGCCUGCCCAAUACGGUCACCUGGAACGAUCUCUACAACUGUGUCAAUUAUGCUCGACCAGUAACCAUUCCAAUGGGCCAAAAUGAAAUCGCCCAGUUCGGUGUUGAUCCCACUUGCGACUACACAGCUUGUGUUGGCAAAAAUAUCAUGGUUGGCUUCUGA